AGAGGCCACGCAAGCAAGCCAUCACACAUCUUGACCCAGCCCCCAGCCCUUGUGGCGGUGAUACGUAAGUGCUUAACUUCACUUCGGAACAAUUCUAUAUAUAUGAGCUCGUUCCUGGAGCUCGCACCCUCUCUAACUAUCGCUCAGAUAUCUCAGACAUACGUCGCACAAACAAACCCCUCAUUCCACCCCUCCAAACAACCUUCACCGAUACGAUACAACAACGAAAACGAUGAACGUGAUAAAGCUCGCCCGGAAGUAUCCGCAGUUCGGACAGGACGGGAUCUUUGCGCUCCAGGACACGUUCAAGCGCGUCGACGAGGAGGAUAAUGGAUAUCUCGAUGAAGCGACGGCCAUCAAGGUGGUGCAGCAGCUGGAAAGGAAGUCGUACGACGAGGUCAGGGCUGCGCUCAAGCAGGUGGAGCUGGAUAGCUCCAGGAGGGUUGAAUUGGAUGAUUUCGUCGAUUUGAUCUCGAAACUGAGAGUCUCCGAGUCAGCACCAACAUCUGCGGCAUCGAGGGCUGUACCAGCGGUUACUCAUGCGAGAACUGGGAGUAAGGGAGGUGGUGUGAUCAAGAUGUCCGGAGCAACCGGAAGCAGUGCGCACACCAUCAACGAGGACGAAAGGACCGAGUUCACUAGACACAUCAAUGCCGUCCUGGCUGGGGAUUCCGAUAUCGGUGACCGGCUACCUUUCCCAACCGAUACCUUCCAGAUGUUCGACGAGUGCAAGGACGGUCUGGUGCUCGCUAAGCUCAUCAACGACUCUGUGCCGGAUACCAUCGAUGAGCGUGUAUUGAAUAGAACCAGUACUCGCAUGAAGAAGCUGAACCAGUUUCACAUGACGGAGAACAACAACAUUGUGAUCAACUCGGCGAAGGCGAUUGGUUGUUCGGUCGUGAACAUUGGUUCUGGGGAUAUGAUUGAGGUCAGGGAGCACUUGAUCCUUGGGUUGAUCUGGCAGAUUAUCCGCCGCGGUUUGCUCGGAAAGAUCGAUAUCAAGCUUCACCCAGAGCUGUACCGGCUGCUGGACGAGGAUGAGACAUUGGAGCAGUUCUUGAGGCUGCCUCCGGAGCAGAUCCUUCUGCGGUGGUUCAACUACCAUUUGAAAGCUGCGAAAUGGCACAGAACCGUGAACAACUUUAGCAAAGAUGUUUCGGACGGUGAGAACUACACUGUUCUUUUGAACCAGCUCGCACCGGAUCUGUGUUCUCGCGGCCCUCUAAACACCCCGGACCUUCACGACCGUGCCGAGCAAGUCCUCCAGAACGCCGACAAACUCGACUGCCGCAAGUUCCUUACCCCUAAGUCCAUCGUCGCUGGUAAUCCCAAGCUUAACUUGGCUUUUGUUGCCAACCUCUUCAACACCCACCCUGGUCUUGAUGCCCUGACCGAGGAGGAGAAAGUGGAAAUCGACGAUUUCGACGCGGAGGGCGAACGUGAGGCUCGUGUCUUCACCUUGUGGCUCAAUUCUUUAGAUGUCCAGCCUUCGGUGAACUCCUUGUUCGAUGACCUGCGCGAUGGAACCAUCCUGCUUCAAGCCUACGACAAAGUCAUUCCUGGCUCGGUCAACUGGCGGCAUGUCAACAAGGCUCCUGCUCACGGAGGCGAGUUGAUGCGGUUCAAGGCUGUCGAGAACACUAACUACGCUGUCGAGCUCGGAAAGCAGAACCGCUUCUCGCUUGUCGGUAUCCAGGGUGCCGACAUCACCGAUGGUCAGCGUACUCUCACCCUUGCCAUCACCUGGCAAUUGAUGAGACGGGAUAUCACUCGCACUCUGCAAGGAUUGGCGCAGAAGGUCGGAAUGGCUGAGAUCACCGAUUCCUACAUGCUCAAGUGGGCAAACGAAAUGGCGAAGCGCGGUGGCCGUGGAAGCAGUGUCAGAAGUUUCAAGGACCAGAGCUUGGGCACUGGAGUCUUCUUGCUGGAUGUGCUGAACGGCAUGAAGAGUGGCUAUGUCGAUUAUGCAUUGGUGAAUGAUGGCAGGACCGAGGAGGACGCCUACAUGAACGCCAAACUGAGUAUCAGUAUUGCAAGGAAGAUGGGUGCAACCAUCUGGCUGGUUCCUGAGGAUAUCGUGUCUGUGAGAAGCAGACUCGUUGUCACCUUCUUGGGCAGUUUGAUGGCCACUUACGAGCAUAUGUAGGCUUUGUUGUUGCGGAUGUGGAUGUGUCUAGCUAGGGGCACGCUUUUCAUUUGCUUUUCUCUAUCGUAGCACUGAUGACGAU